UAGCUAGCUUAUAUAAACGGCACAACAGAGAAAAGCUGCAUAUAUAGUUAGCUAAGUGACUCCAUAAUCAUAAUAAUGGAUCGGGCUUGUAACAACAACUUGGGUGUGAGAAAAGGUGCUUGGACUAGAGAGGAAGAUGAUCUUCUCAGGCAUUGCAUGAAGACUCAUGGAGAAGAAAAGUGGCACCAGGUUCCUUCCAAAGCAGGUUUGAACAGAUGCAGGAAGAGCUGCAGACUAAGGUGGCUCAACUAUCUGAAGCCAAACAUCAAAAGAGGUGGCUUUACGGAGGAUGAAACUGAUCUAAUAUUUAGGCUUCACAAGCUUUUGGGAAACAGGUGGUCAUUAAUUGCUGGAAGACUUCCCGGACGAACUGGAAACGAUGUGAAAAAUUACUGGAACUCCCGACUACGGCUAGAUUCUCGAAUUAAAAAUCAUAAAUCUCCAGAAUCUAUAAAGACCACAAUAAUAAGGCCUCGACCACGAACCUUCUCCAAAAGUUUGUAUCCUUUGAACAAGAGAGCUACAAUUUUAAAACCUUUUCAAUUUGAAGAGAAUUUUGGCCGCUCAACACAAGCAUCACCAACUUCAGAGAAUGAAAUUGACUCACCGAAAAUCAUUUUAGAUGACAUGGAUAGUAGUACUGUUGAAAGAAGCACAAGUGAUUCUUGUCGUCUGGGGUUCGAGGAAGACCUCUUCACAAAUUUUUGGGUUGAAGAUAUGGCAGAAUCAUCAAGAACAUGUUUCUCACUUACUGAAGGAGAAGUAAGUAACGUAGACUUCUGUUUCAAUAUGGAACUCUGGAAUCAUCCAAAAGAAGAAGAGAAAACAUGAACAAUAAGACGUAAGUUGCACCUUUCUCAAAUUAUUACUUGUUAGCUGGUGAGCUAUGACCUGUUGGUAAGUUAAAAUUCCAAUAUUGUAAAGGUCAUGAGUUCUUCUCGCUGACAUAUGUAAG